GCUACUGUGCGGGAGAACCAUCCGCUGGACUUGACGACUAUCCUGCAGCAAGGGACAAGCAGAGACUCGAACGUCAGCCUCCCUUCACCCCUGCAGAGGCUGGAUGCCCCUCGUCUCCAGCAUGAAAGGCGGCUGGGAUCACAGGCCCAAGCGACGAACGUUUCCGGAUGUUACUCCCUGUACAGCGAUCCUAAUUACGCGGUACGAUACAAUGGGUUACUUACGGGAUAUUAACGGAACGAACACGAAUCAAGCAAUACGACAGGAACAACGGAGCCGAGAGAUAGUUUGUUUUUCCCCGCUGAUUUGGUUUAUUUUUGCUUUUGAUUCUUCAUCUUCUCUUCUACAAUCGGCUGGAGCAUCAGUACCAGCCAACCUGCCAGGCCCACUUUGGCAUCUCAGUCACCUUCCAAUGACCAAAGCAAUCUCACCUCUCAACAUCAAGCCAACCAAGAGAGGGAAAUUGCCCAUAUAUUCUCAUGCUUACGAGUACAAUAUUCAUCUGCGCGUUAUGGUUGACCAGAGAAAAAGGGGUACCCACACCCGAUUGCUAGGGGCCAGUUACAUGUAAUUAUUGUCUGAGUUGAGUAUCUAUUAUUUGCGCGUGUAUGUGUGUCUUUGUCAUUAUUUAUUGCAGAGUAUGGGAUACUGUUCGGAAGCAGGAAGAAGAAGAAGAAGAAGAAGACAACAGGAACCUGACA